CCAAAGCCAAACCCCAGUGUAGUGUGGUUUAUCCUUCAAUUUUCUUCUUCUUCUUCUUCACACUACUCUCUCUACAACCACCACCUCAUCUCAACUCAACCAUGUCUUCUUCUUCUUCAUUCUUCGCCUCCAAUCGCUUAACCACCAUCUCAACCCCUCCUCCUCCUCACCGCCGUAACAGCCACCACAUCUCUCGUCCUUCCUCCGUCAAAUGCCACCUCUCCUCUUCCGACGAUAAUAACAACAACAACAAUGAUUCCUCCUCCCUUUUCAGAAAAACCCUCACUGCUACCGUCGCAAUCUCCUCCGCCGCCUCUGCUCUCUUCCUCACUGACUCUCUCCCCGAUUUCAAUUUCUCCGGAGGUGGCGGCGGAGGUGGAGGAUCUUCCUCCGGUGGUGGAGGUGGUGGAUGGUUUAACAACGGCGGUGACGGAGGUGAUUUCUGGUCAAGAAUUCUCUCACCAUCAACCGCUUUCGCCGACGAACCAAAAUCACAAGAUUGGGAUUCACACGAGCUACCAGCAAACAUAACCGUUCUACCAAACAAACUAAGCGGAUUCAAGAAAUACAAAAUCUCAGAUAUAAUUUUCCUCGAUCGAAACACCAAGACGAAAAUCGGAACAGAAGAUUCAUUUUUAGACAUGGUAUCUCUUAAACCAGGUGGUGUAUACACACGCGCUCAGCUUCAGAAGGAGAUAGAAAGUUUAGCUACAUGUGGAAUGUUUGAGAAGGUUGAUAUGGAAGGGAAAACCAAUGCUGAUGGAACAUUAGCGUUGACAAUUUCGUUCGCCGAGAGUAUGUGGGAAAAAGCUGAUAGAUUUAGAUGUAUCAAUGUAGGGUUGAUGGGUCAGUCGAAACCGAUUGAAAUGGAUCCUGAUAUGAGUGAAAAGGAGAAAAUUGAGUUUUUUAGGAGACAAGAGAGGGAGUAUAAGAGGAGGAUUGAUACUUCUAGGCCUUGUCUUUUGGCUCCUGAGGUUUAUAAAGAGAUUAGGGGGAUGUUGAGUAAGCAAGGGAGGGUUAGUGCUAGGUUGUUGCAGAAGAUUAGGGAUAGGGUUCAGAAAUGGUAUCAUGAUGAAGGGUAUGCUUGUGCUCAGGUUGUUAAUUUUGGGAAUCUUAAUACGCGCGAGGUUGUUUGUGAGGUUGUUGAAGGGGAUAUUACUCAGUUGAAUAUUCAGUUUUUGGAUAAGCUUGGUAAUGUUGUUGAAGGGAAUACUGAAAAUCCUGUUGUUCAAAGAGAACUUCCAAAACAGCUGCUUCCGGGUCAUACUUUUAACAUUGAAGCUGGGAAACAAGCUUUGAGGAACAUAAAUUCCCUUGCUUUGUUUUCCAAUAUUGAGGUGAAUCCGCGGCCUGAUGAGAAGAAUGAGGGAAGUAUAAUUGUUGAAAUUAAGCUUAAAGAGUUGGAGCAGAAAUCGGCUGAAGUUAGUACUGAGUGGAGUAUUGUUCCUGGGCGAGGAGGGCGUCCAACUUUGGCUUCACUUCAGCCAGGAGGGACUAUUACUUUUGAACAUAGGAAUCUGCAAGGAUUGAAUAGAUCUCUUACCGGUUCAGUGACAACUAGCAACUUCUUGAAUCCUCAGGAUGAUCUUGCAUUUAAAAUGGAGUAUGCGCAUCCGUAUUUGGAUGGUGUAAAUGAUCUACGCAACCGAACUCUCCGUGUAAGCUGCUUCAACAGCCGAAAGCUGAGUCCAGUAUUCACUGGUGGGCCAGGGGUGGAUGAAGUGCCCUCCAUAUGGGUUGACCGUGCUGGUGUAAAAACCAAUAUCACUGAGAAUUUUUCUCGUCAGAGUAAAUUCACUUAUGGAUUAGUAAUGGAAGAGAUAAUAACACGUGAUGAAACCAAUCAUAUCUGUUCCAAUGGUCAAAGAGUAUUGCCUAAUGGAGGAAUUAGUGCAGAUGGACCUCCAACAACCCUCAGUGGUACUGGUAUUGAUAAGAUGGCAUUUUUACAGGCUAAUAUUACAAGGGAUAACACAAGGUUUGUGAACGGAGCUAUAGUUGGAAGCAGGAACAUGUUCCAGGUAGAUCAAGGCCUUGGUGUUGGCAGCAAUUUCCCAUUCUUUAACCGCCACCAAUUAACUUUGACUCAGUUUCUCCAGUUGAAGUCUGUGGAGGAAGGUGCUGGUAAACCACCACCACCAGUGCUUGUCCUCCAUGGUCACUAUGGUGGUUGUGUAGGUGAUCUUCCAAGUUAUGAUGCUUUUACUCUUGGGGGUCCCUAUUCUGUAAGGGGUUACAACAUGGGUGAGAUUGGAGCAGCCAGAAACAUCCUCGAGCUGGCAGCUGAGGUACGUAUACCUAUUAAAGGUACACAUGUGUAUGCCUUUGCAGAACAUGGCACCGAUCUAGGAAGUUCGAAAGAUGUCAAAGGAAAUCCAACAGAAGUCUAUAGGAGAAUGGGUCAGGGGUCCUCUUAUGGUGCUGGUAUGAAGCUUGGGUUAGUGAGAGCGGAAUACGCGGUUGAUCAUAACUCAGGAACAGGUGCAAUAUUUUUCCGUUUUGGUGAAAGAUUUUGAGGUGCACAUGAGUCGUAGUGUAUGUUUGGUUCUUUUCUACUGCGGAAGAAAUAUUUCAGCCAUAGGUGUUUGAAUCUUGUAGAAAUUGGUUUUAGUGAACUCCCUGCUGCUACUGGGGUUGGUUUUCUAUAGGUUACUCUCAAAAUUGGUGUAGGGUUCAAUGAAAAUAUUAAGAUUUUAGAUUAUCCUGCUGUCUACUAUUGAUAACUUCUGCGGCUUAUAUCUAAUGUCCAAUUCAUGAGAACGGAUAGAAACGUGAUUUCUUAUGUAUUUCGAUUUUGUUUUUUCCUUUGUGAUGAGGAUUGUAGGAUUGCUUGCAAGUAUUGAUUCCGUUAGUUGAUGAAAAAUUCUGUCAAAUGUAUUUUGACUCAUUCUAUUUUUCUGGUUACGUUUGUCAUUUAGAAUUCCACUCAA